AAGUCUGAGAGAUUCAGUAUCUCUUUUCAGUCUUGGGGGCUUUUAAAACGGCCACUAGUCUCAAUGUUGGACGUGAUAUGACAGCGUCAGUGAUACUUCAUCCCCGCUGGAUCGACACGGUGAUGUUCGUCUACGACAAUAAUUUGGAUGAAAUUAAUAAAAGCAUGGAUGGAUUUUCAGGAGGGAACUUCACAGCAAACCAAUGCAGGAAUUUGAUGGCCCAUCCAGCAUCCUUAGCCCCCAGUUCUGCCUACUCGUCGAGUGAACUACCAGCCUCUGGCAUUGUCGAACCUGUCAAACAAUGUAGUCCUUGUCCAGCUGCUCAAACUUCCUCCAGUGCUUCUCUUCCUUAUGGAUACUUUGGGAGCAGUUACUAUCCAUGCCGAAUGAGCCACCAUAGCAGCAUUAAGUCCUGUGCGCAGCCCUCCACCUUGUCUGGCUAUCCUGCCGACAAGUAUAUGGACACGUCCGCCGGCGAGGAUUUCACCACCCGAGCUAAGGAGUUUGCUUUCUACCAAGGCUACGCGGGGCCAUACCAACCCAUGCCUAGCUAUUUGGAUGUACCUGUUGUCCCCACGAUCAGCGCCCCGGGAGAACCGAGACACGAAACAUUAUUACCCAUGGAGAGCUACCAGCCCUGGGCUAUUACCAACGGGUGGAACGGUCAAGUCUGCUGUUCAAAAGAGCAACCUCAAGCCACCCACCUCUGGAAGUCGAGUCUGCCAGACGUCGUUUCUCAUCCUUCGGAUGCGAGCUCUUUUCGGCGUGGAAGAAAGAAAAGGGUGCCUUAUACCAAGGUGCAGUUAAAAGAACUUGAACGGGAAUAUGCUACCAAUAAAUUCAUCACCAAGGACAAGCGAAGGAGGAUAUCGGCAUCAACAAACCUCUCAGAAAGACAAGUCACUAUUUGGUUUCAAAACAGACGAGUCAAAGAAAAGAAAGUCCUCACCAAACUGAAAAGUAACAGCUAGUGCGACAAUUCCAGAAACACUCGGACUUACUUUGCAAAUGUUUAGAACAUAUUUAAUCUCAGCCUGGAGAAAAAAUAAUCCAGCUCAUUUUUUUGAUGCUAGAUUUUUUUACAUUUCUGCCUGCACGUUAUUUUUUUUUAAAAACAAUCCCAAACAACUCACAAAUAAUAUUUCAAGAGAGAUAUGGUGCAACUGACGUUAAAAUCGUUUAAGAUUCGCCAGAAAUAAAUCAACCCAUUAUUGAAAAAUCUAGAGGGUUGCUAUUUUCGAGGCAAAAACAUUGUCGAGUGCAUAUAGACAGAAACACUCAAAAAGAAUAAUCAUAAAACUUUGAUUCAUACCGUUCCUUCGCAUAAAUGCUAUCAAAGCACCUAAAGAAAACUUGCUGAAAGGGUUUUAGUUAAUAAAAACGCUACUAGAGUGCAUGCUAUUUUUGUUUCCUCAGGUAAGCUAUGGGAUAUAUCGUGAAAUGUAUAAUAAGAAUGUUUACGCACUAAGGUUUCUUUGGAAGGGAUACGCUAUCUCUAAAGAUAUUAAUGUACAGGUAGAAGGGAGAAUAUAUUCUAAAUAGCAGUGUAAAUGGGAACGUGAAUGCGUACAAUUUCAGCACUACGUUCGUCUUAUGUACAUACCUAGGAGCAUCCUUGCCUUUCGUAAUUAAAAUGCAGUUUCUACAGAGUGGAAAAAAUAUCUGAUUGCAAACGUGGAAGACCCAAUUCCGUGAAAAUGAACUCAAUACGAAGCCUUUUUUUUUGCUUGCUACUUAUAUUACACAUCACACAUUACAUUAAUCUCCAUCCAGUCUUAAGACAUACAGCCUCCUUCCUAAAGAUGACAGCAUUUGCGUGCAAUUGUAUUUUUUUUAAAUACCGCAUUGUUAUACCUGCAUGCCCCCCUCUUGCUUGGUAUAUAUAAACCAAUUAUAGUUGCAAGGUUAAAUCAAGAAUGAUAAUCAAAGAUUUAAGAAAUGUCUUGCAUUGCUAUUAUGCAGCUUUUAAUCUGUAUAGCCUAUUGUCUUUUUUUUAUCAUCUUCUGAAUUAUUUGCAUUAAAACAAAUUAUUUCACGAAUAAAAGUCUUCAUAAACUACA